AGGGUGUGCGGCUUUAAGCAUGUGAAUCUUUUUUUUUUUUUUUUUUUUUUUUUUUUUUACAAAAUAUGGUAAUAUUAUCUUAAUGGCUCCCGAUAAUCUAAGUUAGGGGAGCAAGUAAGGUUUUUUUCUUCCUGUUGAGGUCUGCUUUAUACGAUAAACAGAGAAACACGCACCUUUAAGUGCGGUCCUUUAACAACAGAUUUUAAUAACCACACAUUACUAGUAUGCUUCAGCGGGUAACGUGUUCAACAACCAGAACAGUUCAAGAGGUCAGUUAGGCACAAGGUCACAGCUACUUUACUAACUGUCAAGACCAGAAUUAGAAACAUGAUCGACUGACAGUGCACAUCGACCCUUUGUUUACAAUUCCAUUACUUCAGACUGGAUGUUUAGGAUCUAGUUAACUGUUUUCCAACAUGUUCAUUGUUCAUUCCGUGUACCUAGUAGCAAUUUGCAGCGUUGUCACACAUGCUACGGAAAGACAAAUACCUUCUUCUUAUCUCAAUGUUGUGUUGAACACACAACGACUUCUGCUUUCCAAACACAAAGCAGACGACCUACCCAAGAUUCCCGCCGCCUUCCUGAGACGUCUGUCUGGGGAUUAUAUUCUCGACACCGUGGAGGAUGUGUUGAACUCCGGGGUGUUGCAGGGAGCAGAGUCUCAGGGGGCAGUGCCGUCCUCGAUAUGUCUGAAUCACAUUGUUCUCUUCCUUGAAGGGGUGCUACAGCAGCAACGAUGGGCUCUAUCCAUGGUGGACGCGGCAGGCAAGCCGGGGAACUGGCUGUACGGCGGCGAGAUCAACUGGGUCGGCUCCUACCAGGAAUGUAAUAGGAUCGUAGCCAAGCUGAACGUCACCGACGUCGACAACGACACGUCAGUCAUCACGCCGUUCCUGGGACAGUACUGCACGGCCGUCGUGCCUCUACAACCCUCUGACGCCAGGCCGCCAAUUCCAGGAACGCCUACGACAGGGGUGCGUAUUGGACUCUGCUUGCCAGAUACGUGUACCGGGUCCGACAUCACUGCCAUUUUAAAUUCAAUUCUCAUAUCCCAAAAUACGUCCAUACGAGUGUUCCCCACCAUAUGUCAAGCAAGGAAACUGGAUUAUGACACGAAGGCUAUUGCUGUCUUAUGUGUCAUCUCGUUGAUUGUAUUGAUGAUGAUUGCUGGGACGGCCUAUGAUGUAAUCCACAUCCAGAUGCCUAGAUGGGCCAACAAGCAGGAGGAGACGAGUACUAUGCAUGUAGCAGACAAUGAAGAAAUUCCACACCUUGUGACCAUAGACAAGACAGAUGAACAGACACCGCUGAUUCCCAAAGAAGACACACGUGACUCUGAAGAGUAUGAGCCAGGGAGACUGGGAAAGGCCCUGUUGGCGUUUUCCGUGUACACGAACGGCAAGAAGAUUCUGAGUACCACUCAUUCCAAGGACAGCAUUCAGUGUCUACAUGGCAUCCGCUUCAUCAGCAUGACGUGGAUCAUUCUCGGUCACACCAUAGCGUUUGGAAUCUCAGUGGCAAAAAAUUUAAAGACAUUUUCCCAAGAUGCUGUACAGGAUUGGACAUUUCAAGCUAUCAUAAAUGCAACAGUAGCUGUUGACACAUUUUUUGCUUUCAGUGGUUUACUGGUUACUUAUCUUAUUCUAAAGGAGAUGAAGAAGAACAGGGGCCGUAUUAACUGGUUCAUGUUCUAUUUCCAUAGAUUUUGGAGGUUGACUCCGGCCUAUAUGUUGGUGAUUAUGGUGUAUGUUCCACUGUUUCGUUACUGGGGAGAGGGGCCACAGUGGCCCCAGACGGGUAUUGAGUACACUGACUGUGAUCAUUGGUGGACGAAUCUGCUCUACAUUAACAAUCUCGUGGAGCCUCUGAAAAUAUGUAUGGGUUGGAGUUGGUAUUUAUCCAAUGACAUGCAGUUCUACGUUCUCAGUCCGCUUAUCUUCGUACCAUUCUUUUAUAAUAUGAUUCUUGGCAGUAUUUCAUUACUGGCAUUUCUGUUGGCCACCCUCAUCACUUCCGGGGUGCUUAGCAACGUGAACAACUAUCCAGCUGGAGGGUCUCAGGCUGGAAUACAAAUAGACUUUUUCAAAGACUUUUAUGUAAAACCGUAUGUUAGGAUGGGGCCAUAUCUUGUAGGCAUGGCAACUGGCUAUCUGCUGUACAAAACACAGUGCAAGGUUAAAAUAUCAAAAACAUGUAAUGUGAUUGGAUGGAUGGCGGCGACUGCUACAGCUCUAGCAGUUCUCUAUGGUGUGGUCGAUGUUUACCAAGGUCACCCGGUAUCAACUGAUGUGGCGGCAUUUUACAACUCCGUGGCGAAAACAGCAUGGGGCGUCUGUGUCUGCUGGGUGGUGUUUUCGUGUGCCACCGGCAAUGGAGGUGUCGUCAACUCACUGCUUUCAUGGCGUUCUUUCAUCCCCCUCAGUCGACUCACGUACUGCACGUACCUCAUCCACCCCCUCCUCAUAAACAUCCACCUCUACAACGGACAGCAGCUCUUCUAUUAUACCUACGUGCAAAUAGCAUUUAUGUACAUGGGCUAUUUGGUGGCGUCGUACGCUAUGGCGUUUGUUGUCAGUCUGGCCUUUGAAGCACCAAUGAUGGGCUUGGAGAAAGUCUUUUUGAGAAGAAGCUCCACAUAGCAUGAAGCGUAGAUUUACAGACAGUGCGGCUUUGUUCCUGGCGACUUUCACCCACAACACUGAAACGUGUUUAGUGACGGCGACAUGCAGCAAAAUAUUCAAUGGUUUAAAUGAAACAUAAAAAACCAUUUAAGAAAGUAUAUAUAUAUAUAUAUAUAUAUAUAUAUAUAUAUAUAUAUAUAUAUAUAUAUGGACACACAUAUACAUACACACAUACAAUUGUAUAAUUGUAUAUACACUAUAUACUUUUUUAAGAUUAAAAACAAUGAUAUUUGAUGAGUUUGCAAAAGACAGUGAAUUAAUAUAUACUGUCGUCUAAAGAAACUUUCACACAUAAAAUUUGAAUAAUUUUAUAAAUAUUGUUGUUAAUCGAAAACUAAAAAUAGAAACCACCUUAUAAAAAUAUUGCAUGUAUCACGAAGUGCAUUGUGACGUUAGAUGUUGAACUUCAUUAUACUUUCGUAUCUUUCCAUAUCGUUUGUUGAUUUUUUAUAAUACAAUUUCAAGCCUUGUACCGUAGUUUCUUUUGGACGUCAGUAUAUUUUACUGAUCAUAUAUCCACUGACCUAUAAGGCGUCGUAGACAUUAUGUAGCUUUAAAAAUAAAAAAUAAAACCCCACAAUAAUCUCAUGUGAAUGAAUUAUCAACACCCUAAAUUGAUGUUAUACUUGUUAUUUAUACAUUUUAGAAAGGUUUCCACAUGAAACUGAAUUCACAUGUGCUAAGAGAUUGCUUUUUUGUUUCAUUUUUCUUUUAAUUUCCCUGUGACUGUGGGUAUCAACACUUAAUUAUACAUUUAACACAAAUAUAUUUAUUUUAAAGGUUAUAGGUUGGUUUGUUUAACACCACUAGAGCACAUUGAUUUAUUAAUCAUCGGCUGUUGAAUAUCUUUCAAGACAUGUUGUCUUAGAUGAAACCUGCAACAUUUUUUCAUUAGCAGCCAGGAAUCUUUUAUAUGCAUUUUCUGAUAGACAAGAUAGAACACAUCACUUUUGAUAUACCAGUCAUGGGGCAUUAAUUGGGACACGAAAAAAAUAAUCAGAAAAUGUGUCCACUGAGGGGAGUUGAUUCUACAAUCAAAGAACUUUAAGACGAGCGCUCUAUUGACAGUUAGAUCCUACCCAUUAUUUCUUAUUUUAAGCUGCUAUUUUGCAGUGUCAUCCUUCAACUACUAAUUAUUUAAACUAAUUUUUUUUAUUUUUUUUUUAAACACUAUAAUUUUUAGUUGUUCAACUUCACGAUUAACAGCUUUGUUGCAUUAAUAUCUUAUGUCAUCACAUUUCAUGAUCUAUGAAAUCUCUGGCAUUUGUCAAUUUGAUAAUGACAUGUACCAGUAACACUUUUACCAUUUUACACUUUCAUGAAUGCAUACAGCCUUGUUUUAUUUGUGUGGGUUUUUUUUUUUUUUGUACAGCAGCCACAUUUUGUAUAAUCUGGCAUGGUUUCAUAUACGUAUUGACAAAACUCAUCUCUAUACUUAUUUAUGCAUUUAAUUUUGAUGUUUUAUGGCAUUAUUUGUGUAUUAAUAAAUAAAAAUAAAAUAAGUAUUCCAACACGAAAAA